AUGAGUGCCUCGAAAGCGUCACCACAGGCCCAGAUUUACCCGGGGAAAGGACUGGGAUUUAUAACUCUCGGCGCUUCUCUUCAUAAUGUCCUCAGCCGCGUAAAGGCCCAUCCCCAGACCUACCCCGCGAUCGAUAUCGCGUACUCCGCCUCAGAUCCCCUUCAGAACCCAGUCACCUUGCAACUUCCUUUGAAUGGCCUCCGCUUGCGAUUCGACGGGCCCGAUCAACGGCUGCGUUUGAUCGAGGUACUGGACUUUUCCAAGACAACUCUUAUCUACAAAAACCAGGAAGUCUUAAAAGGCGUCGCCAAACCUCAGGAACAUUCGCCGUCCCCCCUGGGCCCUAGUUUCCGUCAUGUGUACAACCGCCUCUUCGGUCCGUCGUAUCCCGGCGAAUACAUACCUCCAACUCCUCCGUCACCAUACGGCACCUAUGUCUUAUCAUACCCUGGCGUUGCUUUCUCAUUCCCCCUCCAAGAUUCAGCUUGGUCGGAGCAAUGCGAUUUCGUAGCUUUGCUAUCAUCCUCCGCAGCUCUGCCAGCAACAUCUAUGUCAAUAUACCAGGGCACCUCGUGGCCAGAAGUUAGAACUAAAUUGUUCACGCAGCCGCCGCAGUACCCACGCUCCCCGGCCCUAGCGGGUAAGAACAAAGAAUUUGUCCCAGAUGAGAUAGAAGAGUUUGUCAUCCUGGGCGCGGGCAAGAUUGAAGUCAUACGGAGAUCUACAUCACCAACAUAUAUCACUCUAUCGGAAACCACCCCGCAGGACUUGAUUGCGGAGUUUGGACCCCCGGAUGCCAUAUAUCGUAAGAAUGAUCGCAGGAUAUCCAUUCAUCGCGCCGCUGGUGGUCGUGGUGGGGAUGACACGAUCCAUAUGAGCCCAGCCUCUGGAAGAGGGAUCGAAGUGACUGACACAGAUCAAUCAUCGAACAAUAGUGUGAGUGAUGAAUCAGACGAAGAGCUGUCGCAGGCCAGCGCGUUGGAUCCGUCUUCGUUACCGUCUGAAUGUUUUUUCAACUAUUUUCAUCAUGGCUUUGACGCAUUUAUAUCUCAUCCGACCACGUCCGGCCCAGCAUUUCCAGGUUCCGAUAUCAGUGACCCUACACCCCCAUCCCCUUCGCCUCGACUGGUCGUGACCAAGGUUGUCUUACAUGGAAAUGUGCCGGGAUCGUAUCCUUUCAACCGCUACCGACGCAGCCGCUGGAAGAUCGAAGUACAUCCAUCAAGACCAAUCGCCUCUUCAGAAACACGCUAUGACGAAAUCUCUGGACGCCUUAGAGAUGUCUGGAAAGGGUCCUAUGCAAAUGCUGCAGAAGAGAGAGCCCUUGAGCGACCGAUGGUCUUGAACAGAGGAUGGGGCGAAAGUCCGGAAAGCAGUGUGGAGUUCCUCGGCGGGUGGGAGGAGACCACCGCCAAAGGACAGAGAGCAGGGCAAGGUGGGCAAGACGGAGGUUUGGGAAACACAGAGCUUUUCGGAUUCCCAGGUCUCCUAUUCGAGAUUAUGAAGAAUGGUGCAGUAAGCUGUCUGACUAUAUAUUGA